UUACCCCACACUGCGAAAUUGUCCUGCAAGAGUCGAGACGCACACAGCAGGAGGAUAUUUUGUCCGUCAAAUCUUCGUACGAAUUCGUGAAUUGAAGUCGGUCGUGGUUUACGCGAGUGAAUUUCGAUUUUUGCGGUAAAUGUUGUUUGUAAUUUGGUUUUGAGAAGUGCUGAAAGCUAAGGAUCUGCAAUGACAGAAGGUCCGACAGAACUGGAGCUACGUCGAAGAAAUUUCAAAGCUCAACAAUCUACAGUACAAACUAGAAGACAGCAAGCUGUAUGCGUUCGACGCGCUUACAAACGAUAUGGCACCAAGGAUCAUCCAAAUGUUAUUUUGGAUGGUCUCAACAUGACAGUACCUAAGGGCUGUAUAUAUGGUCUAUUAGGUGCCAGUGGUUGUGGAAAAACCACUUUACUCAAUUGUAUAGUGGGUAGAAAAAGGCUCAAUUCAGGAGAAAUAUGGGUGCUGGGUGGUACACCUGGAUCCAGAGGCAGCGGAGUUCCUGGUCCUAGAAUUGGUUAUAUGCCUCAGGAAAUUGCUCUUUAUGGAGAAUUCACCAUUAGAGAAACUCUUACUUAUUUUGGCUGGAUAUCCGAUAUGACUUCAUCACAAGUAGAGUCCAAAGUGGAGUUUUUAAUUAAUUUGUUGAUGCUGCCGGAUGCAGACAGGCCUGUAAAAAUUCUGAGCGGUGGCCAACAGCGUCGAGUUUCUCUGGCAGCCGCUUUAGUCCACGAUCCAGAACUGUUAAUCCUAGACGAACCGACUGUAGGAGUGGAUCCACUUUUGAGGCAAAACAUCUGGAAUCAUUUGGUGGAAAUUACCAAGCAUGGAAGAAAAACGGUUAUUAUUACCACGCAUUAUAUCGAUGAGACUAGACAAGCCCAUUUGAUUGGUUUGAUGAGAGGCGGCUACUUCCUAGCAGAAGAAUCACCCGAACAACUGAUAACGCAAUUCGGAGCAGACAGCUUGGAGGAUGUUUUCCUAAAACUCAGCGUGAUCCAGAACAUGGGCAAAAGAAGACGUUCAAGUAUUCUACAAGGAGUCACCGAUAGCAUUCCAAUUCCUGCUGGAGCUGUCAACGAGGCAGCGGUUUUGGACGAUGAAGUUGGCGAAAUAUCUGGAGAGUUUGGUGAUAAUAUUUCGAUGUCGAGCAGAACAGCAAGACGGGUAUCAAUCGCCCCAGACGCAUCUGUAGAAACCAUACCUCUUGAACUACCACCAGAAGAUGAGCCAGAAGUGAAAUUUACUGAUUAUUUGAAAAUUAUGAAAUGGUCACAUAUGCAUGCUUUGAUAUGGAAGAAUUUCUUGUGGAUGUGGAGGAACAUUCCUGUUAUGUGUUUUAUAAUAGGCCUACCUGUUGGGCAAACUAUUCUUUUCUGUCUGUCUAUUGGCCACGACCCGAAAAAUAUUGAAGUAUCAGUUGUGAAUAAAGAAAUUAACUAUCCUAUGGAACAUUGCGAAUAUAAGCAUGGCUGUAAUGCGACUUAUCUAAGUUGUAACUAUCUGCAUUUUGUAAUACAUAAUUAUUCGAUUAGUUUGAAUUACUAUGCAACCGAAGAUGAAGCUCGAAAAACUGUAGAGCAAGGAAAAUCGUGGGCUAUGGUCGUGGUCCCACAUAACUUCUCAGAUUCCUUUAGAUCAAGAAUUGAAAAUGGAAAAGAUACUGAAGCUUGGGACGUAGCUGGUAGCGUUAUAGAUGUAUUUGCGGAUAAAUCGAAUGAGAACAUUGCAACCUUCCUCACCAGGGAUUUACUGUUCGGAAUUGAAAACUUUGCCAAAAGCUUCUUAACGCAAUGUGGUAUUGAUCCAAAGGUAUUUGGAAGACCUGUUAGGUUCGAAACCCCUAUCUACGGCUAUGGGGAACCUGAUUUUACGGAUUUUGCUGCACCUGGUGUAAUUUUAACCAUUAUAUUCUUUAUGGCUGUUGCAUUAACUUCUGGCGCAAUGUUAAUGGAAAGAAACGAAGGGAUCCUGGAAAGAUCCUUGGUAAAUGGAAUCACCGGUACAGAAAUGCUGUUUUCGCAGGUCGCGACCCAAUUUAUUGUCAUGGUUGGCCAAACCGCAAUGGUAUUGAUAUUUGCUUUUCCAGUGUUUCAGCUGUCACAAAAUGGUAGUUGGUUUUUGCUAUUCACUCUGACUAUAUUGUCUGGAUUAUGUGGGAUGUGUUUCGGUUUUGUUGUUGCUUGCAUUUGUGAAAAUGAACGGUCAGCUACCUACAUGGCCCUUGGUAGUUUCUUACCAAUUGUAAUGCUGUGCGGUAUUAUUUGGCCCAUUGAAGCUAUGAGUCCUUAUCUGAAGUGGGCUUCAGAUUUUUUGCCACUUACUCAGGCUACAGAAAGUUUAAGAUGUAUAAUCGCUAGAGGCUGGGGUAUCACUGUUCCAGUAGUAUACUAUGGAUUUAUCGCGAUAACCACCUGGAUAUUCGCUUUUCUCACGAUUAGCAUAUUAGUACUUAAGUUCAGAAAGGGCUAAAUAAUGUAAUCCGACUUUAAUUUAUUAUUUGUGUGAUAAAAUCUUGCCUUGAAGUGGUUGUAGAUUCUAUAGCCUAUUAUUUCCAAUGUGUGGGUAAUCUGAAUGAGUGUGUAUGAUUUGGGUAUUAGGUUUAAGAUUUAUUUUUGGUUAAAUUUAAAAAAAAAAGGUUUUUUUUAGAGUAGGUGUUAGUAUUUCGAAAGACAUUUGUUGUAUGUGUACUUUUUUUUUAUUUAUUAAUUUAUAUUGAAAAUAAAUUGAUAGGUACCUAUAUCUGUACUUAAUAA